AUGGCCAGUAAAUGCGAGAGCGAGAAAAUCCCUACUCCGCAGAAGGGUGCAUUCUUCUCUUUCAUCAAAUCAAUCGCGACCUUUAAGGGCGAUUUGUCCUCCCUGACCGCGCCUCCAUUCCUCCUCUCCCCGCAAUCUGUCACUGAAUAUAGCGCAUACUGGGCCGAACAUCCCAACUUAUUUGUUGCGCCGGCGCAUGAAAAUGAUGCCCAGAAGCGGGCGCUAAGUGUACUAAAGUGGUUUCUGAGUACGCUGAAGCAACAACAUAGUAAUAAGGAUGAGAUCGGCAGGAAGAAGAAAAUGAAGCCCUUAAAUCCUUUCCUCGGGGAGCUGUUCUUAGGGAAGUGGGUUGAUAGCGUGGGUACAACCGAGUUACUGCAGGGUCACAUCAUACCCAAAGUCUACUUUUCUGGCACAGUACACAUCGACCGGAAAGGCUACGGCACCAUGCACAUUGACAAAUACAACGAAGAUCACCUAAUAACCAUGCCAAAAGUUCACGUUGAAGGGCUUAUGUCCGCUUCUCUCGCCCCUGAACUAUCAGGUACCUCAUACAUCAGAAGCUCAUCCGGCUACACAACUAAAAUCGAGUAUCACUGCAAAGGCUGGGUUAGCGGGAAGCGAAAUUCAUUUCUGGCUACUAUCUUCCAUGAUAACCAUGAGGACGAGCCAAUAUAUGUUGCUGAAGGCCAGUGGAACGAUAAAUACACGAUCAAGGAGGGUAACCGGCAGAACAUUUUGGAGACGGUCGAUGUCAACACAUACUCACGGACACCUUUGACUGUAGCCCCCGUGCAAAAUCAACAUCACUUAGAGUCACGGCGCGCUUGGAAGCCGGUCGUAGAUGCAAUUAACCAGGGGGAUAUCUUUGCUGUCGGCCAGGAGAAAUCUAAAAUUGAGAACGAGCAAAGAGAGAUGCGGAAGCAAGAAAAGGGCGAAGGGAAAGACUUUCCAAGGCGGUACUUCAGUCUCGCUAAAGAAGAUCCAGUGGGCGAGAAGCUUGCGGAAGGGCUGAAGAAUACAUCAAUGAAAGGUGCUGUGGAUGCACACCAUAUGAUCUGGCUGUGGGAUGAGGAGAAGUACCAGCGGAUUCAGAACAAUCAGAAGAGUGGGACCAAGAGUCCUGUCCAUUCAAGAUUUGAUUCAGCCAUUAGCAUGAGUAUAGACUCGACGGGCUCGAGCGCCUCAACCGACUCCUUUAGAGGAAGGUAG